CCGGGCCGCGGAGUGGCCCGUGCGCGCGCCCCGGGCAGACGUUGUGUGGCGCGCCCGGCGGGGAGUCGGUCCUGCUGCUAGUGGCGCGGCAGGGAGGCCCGGCCUGGCAGGCGGGGAGCGGGAGCGGGGCUGCGGGCAGGCCGGAGCCGCGGAACCCCAGCAGUGCUUGGGCCUCCCGGCCCUAACGUGCGAGCCCGACCCGCCGGCUCCAGGGCUCGGAAGCCGGAGAGCGAAGCGCGCCAAGAGACAGCUAUGGCUGCAGGAGUCUUGCCGCAGAAUGGAAAACCGUAUUCCACUUUGGCGAAUGACAGUGGAUAUGCUGCAGAUAUGGAUGUUACAUGCAAGAGGCACUGGCAAAGCAUAUUCAGGAGGACCAGGCCCCACUCUGCUAGCAUCUUUGUAUGGAUUUUUCUGGCCGUGUUCUUCCCGAUGCUGGGUGAGGACGGAGGCUCUGCUGAGGAACGAUGUGGGAGGGAUGGCAAACCUAGUGUUAACCAGCUGCGCAUCGGGCUUCCAUUGGGACUUCUGCUGCAAAGAAAAGUUGGAUUCCCCUCUGGGCGGCUGACAGAAGACACAGCCACCAUCACCUGGAGAGAAGAGGAGGACAGCAGCUUGGUGGCGGAGCCAGAGCCACGCCGGGCUUGCUGCAGCCUGAGGACCGGGUCAGAAGUGGAGUGGCGGCGCCCCUGCAGAAAGGCACUGAGGAAGUGCACAGCCGAAGGCCUCCGGGACGGGUCCUGCAUCUGCAUGGCGCUGGCUCUGGGCAGGCAAGAGCUGGAGAAUGCUCUGAGUUUUGUGUAUCUCAGCAGUCCUGUACCCAUCUUCAGGGUCACUGACAGUAUCCUGGCCAUGGCUCGUCCAUCCUCUGAGCUGCUGGAGAAGUAUCAGAUCAUCGAGCAGUUCCUUGGUCAUGGCAUAAAAACAAUCAUCAACCUGCAGCGCCCUGGUGAGCAUGCCAGCUGUGGGAACUCUCUGGAACAAGAAAGUGGUUUCACAUAUCUUCCUGAAGCAUUCAUGGAGGCUGGCAUUUACUUCUACAACUUCGGGUGGAAGGAUUAUGGUGUAGCGUCCCUCACUGCCAUCUUAGACAUGGUAAAGGUGAUGACAUUUGCCUUGCAGGAAGGGAAAGUAGCUGUCCACUGCCAUGCAGGCCUUGGGAGGACAGGUGUUCUAAUAGCAUGUUAUUUAGUUUUUGCAACAAGAAUGACUGCUGACCAAGCAAUUAUAUUUGUGCGGGCAAAACGCCCCAAUUCCAUACAAACCAGAGGGCAGCUGCUCUGUGUACGGGAAUUCACUCAGUUCCUGGCUCCACUCCGUAAUAUUUUUUCUUGCUGUGAUCCCAAAGCACAUGCUGUUACCUUAGCCCAGUACCUGAUUCGCCAGCGGCAUCUGCUUCACGGUUAUGAGGCACGACUUCUGAAAUAUGUGCCAAAGAUCAUCCACCUAGUUUGCAAGCUGCUGCUUGACUUGGCUGAGAACAGGCCAGUAGUAAUGAAGAGCACAUUGGAAGGUCCUGAACUCUCGGCUGAGAUUGAAAAGACUGUGUCUGAGAUGGUUACGAUGCAACUGGACCAAGCGUUGCUGAGGCAGAGCAGUGAUGCACCCGACCCAUUUCAGCCCACUGCAGUGGUGGCUGAGUUUGAGAAUCAGGAUGGGCUCCUUUCUAAUGAGCAUGACUUUGAGCCCCUCUGGAAGAGGGGGAAUGCUGAUGGUCUUCAGCCCCUGACACAUCUGAAAAGGCAGCUCAGCUACAGUGACUCGGACCUAAAGAGGGCCAGAGCUAUCCUGGAGCAAGGGGAGACACCUUGGAUGGUGCCUGCCCAGGACUUGCUGGACCACAGCCUCCAGCAUCAGAAGCACACCAGCCAUUGUUAUAUGCCACCGACUCCAGAGCUAGGCCUAAAUAAGGAAACCUUGGUUCACAGCACUUUUUCCUUCUGGACUCAACCAAAGUGUGAAGGCUUAGAAGGACUCAAGGAUGAUGGAUCACCACUUUUCUGUAGGAAGGACAUCCCAAAGGAAGUACAGCGGAGCAGAACCUUCUCUGUGGGCACUUCUUGUUCACACAAUUCUGGGGAACCAAUGCCCCCCAACUUUGCAAGUAUCCAUAUGGAUCCAGAACAAGUCACACACUGUCAGUGUCACGCUCCUGGUCGUUGGGUUCCAGGCUCUGUUCAGGAGGAAGGGAGGACUCCCUGCAGCCCUCUAAACUGUGGCUCCAGUCCUAAGGCACAGCUCCCACAAGGACAGGAAACCCAAGACAGCACGUACCUGUCGGAAGCCAUGCCGUAUGCUGGUUUGCAGUCUGAACUGAGUGCUGAAGCUAGGCGAAUACUGGCAGCCAAAGCCCUUGCAAACUUAAAUGAGUUCGUGGAAAAGGAGGAAGUGAAAAGGAAAGUGGAAAUGUGGCAGAAAGAAUUAAAUUCCCGUGAGGGAGCCUGGGAAAGAAUCUGUGGUGAGAGAGACCCUUUCAUCUUGUGCAGUUUGAUGUGGUCUUGGGUGGAGCAGCUGAAAGAGCCUGUAAUCACCAAAGAGGAUGUGGACAUGUUGGUGGACAGGCAAGCAGAAGCCGGUGAAGCCCUGUUUUUACUAGAGAAGGGGCAGUACCAGACCAUCCUCUGUGUGCUGCAUUGUAUAGUGAGCCUACAGACGCUUCCUGUGGAGGUGGAGGACGCUUGCCUUUCCCAUGCCAUUAAAGCUUUCACCAAGGUUAAUUUUGAUUCUGAAAAUGGACCAAUAGUUUACAACACCUUGAAGAAAAUAUUUAAGCACACAUUGGAAGAAAAGAGGAAAGUGGCAAAAGACAGCCCUAGGCCUGGCCUCUCCUGAAGCUUUCCUCUCUGGACAAGUAUCCGUCCUGAGGGUCCAUCCCACCUCAGGGUGAUGCUUCUGUUCCAUGUGGCCGUGGCAUGCUGGCACUGCCCUUCCUUGCCACACUCCAUUGUCAACCCGUGUCUCUUGUGCUGAGAAUAAUGGUUCCUUUCUUGAGUAGUUAUUUAUUUUAAAAUAACCUUGAGCUGUGUCUUGAAAACUUGCCAUGAAGUUGGUGCCACUUUAUUUAUUUAUUGAAUUAAUACAGUUGUGUUGAUAUUUUAUGUUUGUUAUAUUUGUGCCCUUACUCUCUUUGACGUUUUGGAGGAAAAAACAAAACAAAACAACUCUUCCUUCCAAAACAGUUAUUUUCUUAACAGAACUCUUCCUAGAGUUUCUACUAAAUAGAUAAUUUUAAUAGUAAAACCUUACUAUGUUUCUACCCACAAGACAUAUAUGUAUCCCCCACCUUCAGAAAUAUGACCUAAGAAAGUCACCAAGUGUCUUAAAAUGUUUUAUAUUUGUUACUAAGAAGGCUAUUAAUACAUUUUAAA